UUUCUCUUUUUUUUUUUCUCUCUCUAAAGCUCCUCUAGAAUGGAAUGAUACUGAAGACCUCUGUGGAAUACUUUAGUAGAUAAAAUGAAGAAAGGAGCUUUGAAUUUUCUGAGUCGGAAGAACCAGUCUCUUUUCGACCCGAAACUUGAAAUUAAGGAGCUGGAAAAUGCAGACUUUGUGUGGGAUUCCUUAGCCAUUCCUGAAUCAGGAACCGCAAACGUGCGCUUCAGACCAACAGUCAAACAUAAUUCGUCUUCCUCUGAUGUACUUCAAGGAUUUGCAGUCCCAACGCCGAAAGCCCCCCUUCUACCUUCUAUCAAUGGACUGCAUACACCUGAGAGAGUUAAUGGAGACCAGAAUUCCAGAAGUGGCCCUUUGGCUAUUCGUCAUUCAGUUGAAGGAGAGAUCUUCAUCCCACCACCACCUUCCAUGGCACCACCACCACCUCCACAGUUCAUUCCUCCUCCACCAGAGUUUGGCAGCAGGCUGAACUCUUCUUAUGAAUCUCCACCUGCAUCCUCUUUACAGCCUCCACCCAUGUCCCCUCCAAAGCCUCCAUCACAGCUUCCUGCAGCAGAAACUGACCUGGCUUCUCUCAAGCCACCAUCAAUGGCACCUCCAAAGCCUCCUAUAAAACCAUUUAGCACCAAACCCUCAGAUGUUGUUGGAUUAUUUCCAUCCAAUGACGAGAUCAUUCCUGAAAAACCUACAUUUCUUCCCCCACAACCUCCCACACUGUCUGUGGAACAACCUCAGAUUGCUCAUCUCAAGAGUCAUAAAGUUCCACCUCCAAAGCCUGUGAGGCUCUCUUCCAUACCCAGCCAAAAUGAUCUGCCUUCAUUCAUAGCCCCAGCUCUAUCCACUAAUGAACCCACACCCUCCAGCUUCAACCCACAGAAUUCUGCUAAGCUCUACAAUGUACCCAAUACACCCAUCCUGAGUGGACAAAAAAACCAUGAAAUAAAAUCCAAAUCCAUUAUAAUUUUACAAGACCCCCCUACUGAUAAUCACACAAAAGGAAAAGUUCCUUCUGCUCUGACUGAUGUCUCCACAAAGUCCGCCAUACCCCCUGUGAAGCCUGCUCGAAGAAACAGCUCUGGAAUGCAACUAGAGAAGGAUGUAGAACAUUUGAAAUACAACCUUCAGUCCACCCUUCCUAGCCAAACCAGGCUCAGGGGAAUUAAUGUUUCUGAGUCAUUAAUGAAAAAUGAAGAUCCCCCAGAAGCCCUCUCUAAGCUCCAGGAUGUCCCUACAGUCCCUCAAAGCUUAGAAUCAAGUAUUAUGAAGUAUUCAGCAGGGUCACCAGCCAGAACUCACAAGUCCUACAGCGCUUACAGCCACAUACCUUAUGGCCACAGAUCCACUGGCAGUUCCCCAUCCCCAAUGGCUCUCCUGCAGGCUGCCAAAGAGAGAGAGAAACAGAAACGCACAAUGUCUGAGGAAAACUACACUAAAACAAACAGCUCCAGUGAACUCCCCACCAUGAGAAUCUACUCAGCUGAAUCCAGACCAAACAGUAUCAUGGUAGUUCCUAGGAGCACUUUGUCCUCUUCUCAAACAGGACAAGAGCAAAUGGACCAAGGCCAGCUAAGUAUCCCCCAAGACGUACAUUCAAUGCAGAUGCUCUCUAUUAGGCCUUACCAGAUCCCUCAGAGCUCUGAAUCAAUACAGGAGAAAGUUGCUUUCUCUGACUUGAAGCCAAGUAAUCUCCACUCCUCUGUAUUUUCAGUCUCUAGCAAAGAGACUAAGCAUCAGCCUGAUGUGCACACCACUCCCACUGUGCCUUGGUCUAACUCAUUCAUGGAUGAAGAGAAUGGUGAGGAUAUGGGUGUGCCCCUCAUCCCUCCUCCUCCAGAAUUUGCUAACUCUGACAUAGAGGAUGACCGUAGUUUGGUCCAUGUGGAACAACCCCCCAACCUGCCUCCUCCUGAUCCCCCAUCACAGAAAAGCCAGUCUCCUGCAUCAUUCACAAUCGCAAAGUUCCAAAGCAACAUUCCUGCACGUCCUUCUGAUAUCCCAUUACAGAAAAGCAGCCACCCCUCUUCAUCUUCUGUAGUACCCACUCUCCAGAGAACUAGUCCUCUCCCUACCCCUGAUCCCCCAUCAGAGAUUACACAGCCCUCUGCAUCAUCCACAGUUCCUGCCCUCCAGAUCAACAGUCCUGCACCUUCUGACCAUUCAUCACAGAAAAUAACCCAGCACCCUGUACCUGCAGCCCUCAAUUUCCAGAGCAGCCAUCCUGCACCUCCUCCUGACUGUCCACCACAGCCACCUAUAUUACCACCGGUGCCAAUCAUCCACAACAAGGGUCCCCCACCUCCCCCAAAACCCAAACCUUAUGUUACUCCUUUGAAACCCAAUAUGAAAACCAAUCCCUUACCUCAUGCCCUCCCUAAGGGAAUCAAUCCCAUGUCUCCAAGUCAGGCUACUCUGUUGAGUAUUUUGCAGAAGAAGAUGCUGGAAAUGGACCAGAAGCAUCUGCUGCCACAAGUGGACUCAACAAGUGAUGACUGGGGUACACCAUUCUCAGAUGAAGAGAGUGGUGAUGUCUUUCCAAAGAAGAAGCAACUGUCUCAGAGCCAGAGCCUAGAUCUGGGCAAGCUGGAGAGCAAAGAGGCCAAAAGGGUUCAAGCCUCAUCUGUAAAACCUAUUGCCAGCAAGGGACCUCAGUCAAAGCCACCAUGUGGCAUGACUUUUACCGUCCGACCUGGAAGUAAACAACCCAUCACCCUCAUCAGUAAAGAGGAUUCGUCCUGAAGAACCAUAGGAUAUUCUACACUCUUGCAAGUGUAUUUACAGCAACCUUGUUCAGUGCUGUGUCAUGGGUGAGAACAGCACUCCAUAACAAACAAAUAAAUAUGUAACCAACUUGCAAUAGCUGCCAAAACACAACAAUAUUUUUGUGACAAAAACUGGACUCAAAUGAGGAAAUGUAGACAUUCUGUAAGUCUUAAUAGCUGUAUUACUAUGCAACUUGUACAAAAAAAUAUUUAUUGCAACUAAAUCCACAUAUCCCAUAAAUCUGUCAAUUAACAUAGUAUCAUUUCACUACCUUAAAUGGGUGAAUAUAUCUAUAAAUGUAGAACAAAGAACAGCAGUUCAUGUACAGUUUGAGUAAUGUUUAUCUGAAAUGUUAAAGGAAAUGUUUUUGUGAAGAGUGCAAUAGCAGUAAAUCUGUAAAACAUGGGAUGUUCAGGGGAUUUCUAUAUCUUAAGAACUUCAAUCAUGUAAUUAAAAUUACUUCCAGUCAACUUGAGGGAAGGUCUUAUUA